GGGGGCUCAUCCACCUGGACUGCUUCCAUCCUGAAAGCGGAGGACUGGAGGACUCUUCUUCGGCUUCCAGGAUGAGGAUGAGGAUGGCAGGUCUGGUGUUUGUGACGGGGGUGUGCGUAGCAGCAAAUGUGGUGCUGUCACUCAAGAUCUGCGCUUUUAACGUGCAAAGUUUUGGCCAAUCCAAGGCAAACAACAAGAAGGUCAUGGGGAUUCUUAUCAAGAUUCUUUCCCGAUGUGACUUGUGUCUCAUUCAGGAGGUCCGAGACUCAAAAGGACGAGCAAUGCAAGCCUUGGUAAAAGAUCUGAACAGGUUUGACUCCCGGAACUCCUAUUCCUACGUGGAAAGUGAGCGACUGGGAAGGAAAAGCUAUAAGGAACAGUAUGUCUACGUGUAUAGAAGCAACGUGUUGAAGGUUCAGGACCAGUAUCAGUACUCCGGACUUGAACCGGGAGGGACAAACGACACCCAAGUCUUCUCCAGACAGCCUUUCAUCGUUCGACUUCACUCCGCCACCACAUUAAUGAAGGAUCUGGUUCUAAUUGGCCAACACACCAGUCCUAAAACGGCCUUGAAGGAGAUGGACCAGUUGUAUGACGUGUUCAGGGACAUCUACGGCAGGUGGAAGACCGAGAAUGUGAUGAUCUUGGGGGACUUGAACGCCGCCUGCAGCUACGUCACCAUCAAGGGCUGGCGAGCUGUUCGCCUGAGGAGCGAUCCCAGAUUUCUCUGGCUGAUUGGAGACGAGCAGGACACCACCGUCCGGGAGAAGACGCGCUGUGCUUAUGACAGGAUCAUCGUCCACGGCGGUGAGAUGAUUUCCUCUGUGGUGCCUGGGUCAGCUGGAGCGUUCAACUUUAAGGAGACGUUCCAUCUGUCGGAAGAGGAGGCCCUGGCAGUGAGCGAUCAUUUCCCCGUUGAAGUGGACCUGAAGCCAAAUCAUCGCUACCUUCUCCGCAAUGAGCUGUAGACCAACACUCCACUAUGGUUUGGUAGUUAGCUAUUUCAUGAUGGAAAUGAUGAAGGUCUGGCACAUGGGAACCGCUUUUGCUCCUCCUCCAUCAAUAAAACAUCGUCUGCACACA